AUGGCGGACCCUACAGAUAUGACGGAAUUCAGCGACGAUCUGCUAGGUCUCAUCCUCUCCCACCUCCGUCUACCAGACCUCGCUCGCUGCGCGUGCGUCUCCCGCACUUUCCUCCGCGUUUUCCUCGACGACCCUCGCCUCUGGCAGCCCGCAUGCGACCGCCGAUGGGGCCACGUCACCUCUCUGCACACGUGGCUGUCCCCUCCCCACCAAUCCUCGCAGCUGCCAUUCGAUCAGCAGCCGCACGAUCAGCAGCGUGGGAAAUUGACGUCCUUUAAGAGCCUCUAUUACGUUCUGGACACGUGGGAGUCGCUGAUUGGUUUCUGGCGCGGAGUCGGCGACGGCGGAUUGGGGUCGCUCGUCGCGUUCCAAUGGCGAGACGGCUAUAUCGAGGGCGUGCGCGUGCUUCCCGCAGCGCCGGCGUUCCCGUUCUCCCCGCAGCCCUGUCCUCUCUUCACCUCCCCCUUGUCCUCCGCCCUGUCCUCCGCCUCCCCGCACACCCCGUCCCCCGCACCCUCCCCCUCCCCUUCCCCCUCCCCUUCCUCCCCCCAGCAAGAGAGCCCUCCCCCAAGGCGCAACCUCCAGUUCGGGUCCCCCUCCCCCUCGUCCCCGUCCCCCUCGUCCCCCUUCGCUUCGUCCCCGUCCCCCAUUUCCCCCGCACCGUCUGUAGCAGCAGGGCAAUGUGAUGCCCGGCCUGACACCCCUUCCAUGACUCGGUGCGAGUCAGAGCAAGGAGAGCAGGGAAGAGCGCAGGGCGGGAGGGAAGGGGAGCAGGACGCGGAGGAAGGGGAGCAGGGGGAAGAGCAGGACGGGGAGCAGGGAAGCGUGGUGCAGGGAAGGUUGAAGCCUGGGACGCAGGGGACGCAAGGGACGCAAGGGGCGCAGAGAAGGGUUCAGUUUCAGGUGGACGAUUUGGCUCCGUCCGGUCCGUAUCUCGUUAGAGAGGCCAAGGCAAGCAGCAGAGCUGGUGUGACAGGUAGGGGGAAAGGGAAAAGCCGCAUAGCUGGUGGAACUGCUGAUGCAGCUGAUUCUGACCGCCUCUCCUCCUCCCUGCCAAACCCCUCCCCCGCCUGGUCCCCUUCCCCCUCCGCCUCCCUUCGUUCCACCUCCCUGCACGCGCCCUUCGAGCUCUACCAAUCGCUGGCGUCCAGGUCAGCAGCAGCGGGCGCCAGCAAGGCGAUGAGGCGGCAGCAGCGGAAGGAGAGGCAGCGGGCGGCAGAGAUAGCCGAGGCAGGAGGGGUGCGCAGCCAGCUUUCCGUUGGAAGUGCUGCUGUAGAGGUGGUUGGGGAGAGAGGGGCGUGGAGGGCGGAGGUGGGGAGGGGAGCGGAGGGGAGGGGAGGGGCGGGCGGAGGGGUUGGUGGUGGAAGGGGUGGAGGGGGGAAGGGGGAAGAGGAGCAUCUGGUGAGAGUGAUGCCUAACCAGCUGGAGCCGUCACCUCUGUGCCCUCUGCAGGGUCUCUGGAAGCCAGCUGAGCUUUCACUGCUGUGCCCUCUGCUGGGACUCUGGAAGGUGGGUGGGUGGGCUUCUCAGGCGCCUCAAAAGGCAUCUGGGGCGCCUCAAAAGGCAUCUGGUGAGGGUGAUGGGAAUCCUGCUGGAACCUUCACCGCUGUGCCCUCUGCAGGGUCUCUGGAAGGUGGGUGGGUGGGCUUCUCAGGCGCCUUAAAAGGCAUCUGGGGGGAGGAGGAGCAUUUGGUGAGGGUUGUGGCGAGGCAGUUGGAGCCAUCACCGUUGUGCUCCCUGCACCUGCAGGGGCUCUGGAAGCCUUUCCCCCCUCUUUCCCUGCCUCACCUUCCCCCUCUCGCCCCUCUCCGUCCUGCUGCCAUCCCACAGGGCGUGUGCCAGCACAGCAGCCUCGAUUUCAUCCUGCUCACAUGCAGUGAAUCUGGACAGCUGCAGUGCCGCCGGGUGGCGCAGUACAAGCAGCCCCCCCCGCACGCCCGCGCGGUUACCACCACCGCCACCCGCAGCAGCGAGCGGCGCCAGCGACGGCGACAGGCGAGAGCACGAGCUGAGGGGAGAGCUGAAAGGAGUGCCGGGGAAAGCACAGGGGGGAGAGCUGAAGGGAGAGGGGGAGGAAGUGGAGAGAGGGCAGCAGGAGAGGGAGCGGCGAGAGUAGAUGAGACAGCAGGAAGCGUUUCGUAUGAGGAGGGGAAAGAGAGGGGAGCAAGGGCGGGGAGGGAGAGGGUGGAAGGUGGGGAAAGGAGACAGGGAGGGGGACAAGGGGCAGGAGGAGGAGGAGGGGGGAGAGUGCAUGGGAGAGUGCAAGCAGCGCCCUGUAGCAGUGGGUACAGCAGACCAGGGAAAGCAGGGGCGCUUAGGGGCAAAGGUGGCAGCAGUGGGGGAAGCAGGAGCAGUGGGCAGGCUGCUGCUCCUAUGAUUCCAGGAGCGCUGCUGCUGGUGUGCGUGCGGCAAGUGACGACCCUGUUGCUCCAGCACAAGGUCGCCUCUCUUUCCGCCUUCGCCUCGUCCCUCUCCGCCCUCCCCCCGCUCUUCUGGCAAUCGCUUCUCCUCUCCUCCGCGCUCGCCCUCUCCGCCCUCUCGCGCCUCCUCGCCCUGCCCACCGCCCCCUCGCUCUUAUCACCCCCGUUACAAGCACCUCCGUCUCAGUCUCACCCCCCACCUGCUCCCGUUCAACCUGAGAUGCCGCAGCAGAGACACGAGCAGCAGCAACAGCAGCAGCAGCAGCAGCAGCAGCAGCAGCAGCAGCAGCAGCAGCAGCAGCAGCAGGGGGCACAGAAGGCGUCUACAGCAGCAGCAGCAGGGUGGGGAGUAAAGGCUGGGGGUGAGCAUGUGAGCGUGGCAGAGCUGCAGCAGGUGGUGGGGUUGGUGCAUGCACUGUCACGGCAUGUGGAGAAGAUCCAGCUGCACACUCGAGUCACCAGGCGCACCCUCAGAGAUCCCAUGCUUCAGUUGCAGCAGGUGCAGGGCCUGCAAGACGCUGCUGCUGCUGCUGGGCGUGCAGCUCAGCAGCAGGGCCAACCCUUCUUGAGACGCAGCAGCAGGUGCAGGGCCUGCAAGACGCCCUUUGAGACGUCCUGGCGGCGUUUCCAAGGGAAUUGGGAAAAGUCGCAACAGGUGCAGGGGCUGCAAGACGCUGCUGCUGCAGGGCCAACCCUUCUUGUGAACCCUUUGAGACGCAGCAGCAGGUGCAGGGGCUGCCUGCAAGACGCGUUAGACAUCGAAGCUAGCAGAGGCGACAGCACAGCAAGUACAAGGCCUUCAAGACGCCCUGGCGGCCUCUCGGAGGGAGUCGGAGGAGGUGCAGCUGCUGCUGCUGGGCGUGCAGGACCAGUCCGUGAGGCAGUUCGACUUCUUCUCCCACUCGCUGCUUCUCCUGAGCGUGCAUUGCAGGAACCCUUGCCUUCUCCCAUUCUCCUCUCUCCCUCAUUCUCCUCUCUCCCUCUCUCUAUACCCACCCACCACUCCCACCAGACCUCAAAGCUUGCAGAGGCGACAGCGCAGCAAGUACAAGGCUUACAAGACGCCCUGGUGGCAUCUAGAAGGGAGUCGGAGGAGGUGCAGCUGCUGCUGCUGGGCGUGCAGGACCAGUCCGUUCGUCAGUUCGACCUCUUCUCUAACUCGCUUCGUCUCCUGCGCUCACAGCAAGACGCUCUGAAAGCACAGCAGGAGACGAUAAGAUCACAGCAGGAGGCGUUGAGAGAGGAGCAGGAGAGGCUUAAGGGGGAGCGGUUGGCUGGCUGGGCACAGCAGAACGGUUCUGUGCGGUGGGAGCAGGUGGUUGAAGGCAUGCAGCAGCAGUUGUGCGCACAGCAGGACGAGCUGAAGGCGCAGCAGGAGGUGCUACUGACACAGCAGGAACAGGUGAGCGCGCACCUGGAGCAGGUGAGGAAUCAGCAGGAGCAGCUAGGAGCGCAGCAGGAGGAGGUGGGGGCGGAGAGGGAGCAGAUUCGGGCAGAGCAGGAGGGCAUACGGAGCGCCCAGGAGGGAUUGCUUGGGGCGCAGAAGAAGCUGCUGUCUCUGGUAGCUGCAGUGCAGCAGCAGCGGGAGAGUUGGGCUGGUGCUAAAGAAUCACUCGCAGGAAGUGGAGGUGUUUCCACUGAAGGUUCUCCCACGGGAGGGGUGUUUGCGCCGAUCGAUCUCGCUUCACUGCAGCAGAUGAGAGAGCAGCAGCAGGCGCUAGCACGGGAGCAGGAGACAUUAGCUAAGGAGCAGGAGCGGUUAAAUAAAGAGCAGGAGGAGGUGAAGCGGGAGCAGGAGAGGGUGGGGCGGAAGCAGAGGGAGGUGGAGCGGGAGCAGCGGCGCAUGGAGGAGUACCAGCGACAGCUGGCGGGAAGGCUGCUGGCGGCCGUGGUGGCUGUGGAGGAGCUGAGGAGGGAGAGGUGGGUGGUUGACUACUGGGCGGAGUGA